ACCCCGCUCCAAGGAAGCAAGGAGGAACAGCCCGAGCCGCAUGUGUCACUUCCAGUAUGCUGCAGAACCGCGCUGCUAUGUGACUUCCUGGGAUCAUUUAGCUGCUUUUGCUGUCGGUGGGAAGUAAGGUUAGAAAGUUUGGAACUACAGCCGGUGUUUUGGGGGGCGCGGGGCGCGUAGGGAAGGUGGUGCAAGUGGUUUCGGAAGUGGAGCGUGGCAGAGAAGGUGGGGGGGGCUUUACUUUCCUGUGUGAUACCAGAUAGCUCGUUUCGCUGCUUGCCACGACGGGACUGACGUAGAAUAUGGCGGAGCAUCACCCGGUUCCCGACAGCAAACACAAAUCCUCACUGAACUCCGGAGCGUCGUACUCUGGGAACGGGCGCAGCAGCACGGCGGUCGCGGAGAGAGGCAGCACCGCCGGGGCAGGAGGAGGAGGAGGAGGAGGUCUGUCCGGCGGCCUGUCGCAGCCGGCCGGAUGGCAGUCCCUGCUGUCUUUCACCAUCCUGUUCCUGGCCUGGCUGGCCGGUUUCAGCUCCAGGCUCUUCGCUGUCAUUCGCUUCGAGAGCAUCAUCCACGAGUUUGACCCCUGGUUCAACUACAGGUCGACUCACCACCUCACCACCAACGGCUUCUAUGAGUUCCUCAACUGGUUUGAUGAAAGAGCCUGGUACCCUCUGGGUAGGAUAGUGGGGGGCACUGUUUAUCCAGGCCUAAUGGUCACGGCGGGCCUCAUCCACUAUGUGCUCAACCUGCUGCACAUCACUGUCCACAUCCGGGACGUGUGCGUGUUCCUGGCCCCGGUGUUCAGCGGCCUGACCUCCAUCUCCACUUUUCUGCUGACGAGGGAGCUGUGGAACCAGGGGGCGGGGCUGCUGGCGGCCUGCUUCAUCGCCAUCGUCCCGGGCUACAUCUCCCGUUCCGUGGCCGGCUCCUUCGACAACGAAGGCAUCGCCAUCUUUGCCCUGCAGUUCACCUAUUAUCUAUGGGUGAAAUCAGUGAAGACGGGGUCGGUCUUCUGGGCCAUCGGAUGCUGCCUCUCCUAUUUCUACAUGGUUUCAGCUUGGGGUGGUUACGUCUUCAUCAUCAACCUUAUUCCUCUUCAUGUGUUUGUCCUGCUGCUCAUGCAGCGCUUCAGUAGGAGAGUCUACAUAGCCUACAGUACCUUCUACAUCAUCGGCCUGGUCCUCUCCAUGCAGAUCCCCUUUGUGGGCUUUCAGCCAAUCAGGACCAGUGAACACAUGGCCGCAGCAGGUGUGUUUGUGCUGCUCCAGGUCUAUGCCUUCCUGCAGUACCUGAAAGACAGACUGACCAGGCAGGAGUUCCAGACUCUGUUCUUCCUGGGAGUCUCUCUGGCAGCUGGAGUAGUUUUUCUCUCCGUCAUCUAUCUGACCUACACAGGGUACAUUGCUCCAUGGAGUGGGCGCUUCUACUCCCUCUGGGAUACUGGCUAUGCUAAGAUCCACAUUCCCAUUAUAGCGUCGGUAUCUGAGCACCAGCCCACCACCUGGGUGUCCUUCUUCUUUGACCUUCACAUCCUGGUCUGCACCUUCCCAGCAGGCCUCUGGUUCUGCAUAAAGAACAUCAAUGAUGAGCGUGUCUUUGUGGCUCUAUAUGCCAUCAGCGCCGUGUAUUUCGCCGGCGUGAUGGUGCGUUUGAUGUUGACUCUGACUCCGGUGGUGUGCAUGCUGUCAGCCGUGGCGUUCUCCAGCGUCUUUGAACACUACCUGGGUGACGACAUGAAGAGGCAGAGCCCGCCCGCAGAGGACAGCAGUGACGAGGACGACAGGAAGAACGCCGGCAACCUCUACGACAAGGCUGGUAAGGUGCGUAAACACGUGUCAGAGCAGGAGAAGGCAGAGGAGGGCCUGGGCCCCAACAUCAAGUCUAUCGUCACCAUGCUGAUGUUGAUGCUGCUCAUGAUGUUUGCUGUCCACUGCACCUGGGUCACCAGCAACGCCUACUCCAGCCCCAGUGUCGUGCUGGCAUCUUAUAACCAUGAUGGCUCCCGGAACAUCCUAGAUGACUUCAGAGAGGCCUACUACUGGCUGAGGCAGAACACAGACGAGCACGCAAGAGUGAUGUCCUGGUGGGACUACGGCUACCAGAUAGCAGGCAUGGCUAACAGGACCACGCUAGUCGACAACAACACAUGGAACAACAGUCAUAUAGCACUGGUGGGCAAAGCCAUGUCAUCUAAUGAGACCGCAGCCUAUGAAAUCAUGAGGUCACUGGAUGUCGAUUAUGUCCUGAUCAUCUUCGGCGGGGUGAUUGGCUACUCAGGAGAUGACAUCAACAAGUUCCUCUGGAUGGUGCGCAUUGCAGAGGGGGAGCACCCCAGAGACAUCAGGGAAAGUGACUACUUCACCCCACAGGGAGAGUUCAGAGUGGACAAAGCUGGCUCCCCCACCCUACUCAACUGCCUUAUGUACAAAAUGUCUUACUACCGCUUUGGAGAGAUGCAGUUGGACUUCCGGACGCCACCGGGCUUUGACCGGACACGUAACGCUGAGAUCGGCAACAAGGACAUAAAGCUGAGGCACCUGGAGGAAGCCUUCACCUCAGAGCACUGGCUGGUCAGGAUUUAUAAGGUCAAAAAGCUGGAGAACAGGGAUCGUGUGGAGCACAAGCUGCGAAGCACCGACACCACCAAGCAGAAGUACACCUCCAAAAAGACAGCCAAGAGGAAGCGUGGAUACAUCAGGAACAAGCUUUCCCUCAAGAAGGGCAAGAAACUGACCAAGAAAUCUUUAUAAAGCGUCCACCACCAACAGAGGCACACCGUGGACGGGAGAGAGGAAUCAAUCUUACGUAAAAAAAAAAAAAAAAACACAAAACUUUCAACAAAACCAAGCAGCAAAAGUAAAUCCACCAAUCAAGAUGAAUAAGGAAACACCAGAGGUUCUCCAGACCCCCCCCCGUCAUCCCCGAGCGUCCUCACCUGGAGGGUCCAGGCUGGAAAUGUUAUCAUCACCUAGGAAACCGGAGAUUGCGUUGACCUGAUAAGCGGGGUCAAGGAGGCGGAGAAUGGGAGAUGUCGGCUAGUCCGAGACCCUCCCCACACUGGUUUUAACCUGAGGAACUGUGACCUUUAUCUCGUAUUUUCUUUUUUGUACUUGAACGUGCCGGUGAGUGAUAGGAGGCAGAGAGAGCAAGAGAGAUUAGUUGUCCUCAGUUUAGGACUGCUCUAUGCAUUGCAUCAUUCAGACAGAAAUAACAGCCUGCAGAGGAGCUCACAGAAUACACACCACUGUUGUACCAUGUCUCAAAUUCAGAGCUAACCCCCCCCCCCCCCCCUUCAGAUCCACUCAAAUGAAAACAGGCAAAGCAUGACUUUAGGAUGACUGUAAUGGUGUUUCCCCUUGUUGGAGUGCAUUAAAUUCUCACACUUGAUACAUGUUAGAUUUUGAGAAUUUUUGCAGAAAUUGAGUUUUUGAACAUCCAUCCUCUCAUCACAGUGUUAACAUAUGUGCUGUUUUUAUCUGUGUUUAGUUUCCUUUUAAAUUCUGUUUUGAAUCCGUUAUCAACAGGAGUAUACUUGUACACACACACACACACACACACACACACACACAUACACACACGUGCCAACAAGGAGAAGCCAUCGCUCUUCAUCCAGCCUCAUACUGCUGCACUGACAGGACAUUUUAUGUUAGAACCAGACUCCACAGGCGACUUAAAGAAUUGUUACAACUUGCUUUCAAUAACACUGUUAACACCAAGUUCAUUUGUGAUAUGUGAGAACAGACAGCAACAUCUCUUAAGAGAAGUCACAAGGCAGACAGCUUUUAAACAAACCACCAGGUUCAAGUUAUUUGGAAGAGAAAAUGAAGACGGGCAUCAAAUUGAUUUUCCCAAACUGUCUGUUGUAAACAUCCAUCACCACCUGGUACAACUUUGAUCUACACAGUGUUUUUUGCAGCAGUGAGGGAUUAUUACCAACACUAUGGGUGCACUCACUUUAAUUUUUGCCUCCAAAUAAAGUUGUUUGCAUAAUCAGGCUAAAUUCUCAGCUUGUUUACAACCCGAUAAAACUACAGAAAUAAGAACAGAGUUGUAACAGAACAGAAUGAUCCAUCUGUCAGUAUCAACUCAGUGGGUUUAAAUAUGAACAUAUCUUUUUAAGAUGGUUCAGGAAAGCCAGGACAAGAACUCAAGUCUACAUUUUACCAGUUAAUGAUUUGUAAAGAGCAGCAUUGUGCAGGCAGGUUUCUGAGCUUCAGGGUUAGAAAACAGUGAAUCUGUGGUAAAAAAGCUUUUUGUAACUGUAGUUUUUAAUGAUCACUCUGGCUGCAGGUGAACUGAACUGAAUGUAAAUUGGACUGAUUAAGAGUGAGUGCCUCUGGAUGUGAGCAAAGUGGUCCAGCCCAUCUUCUUGCUCUCAUCGCUAGUAGCAUAUGCUAACAGGGGGACGUCUGUCGUGUCUGCCAGAGUGAUUAUUAAAACACAUUUGAAGUGUAGUGCUCAUUAGCUUAAAAAUUGAAACGCUUUGAGCUCAGUACCCAAGGUGCUGAGCGUUUAAAACACACUCUUCCGAUUUGAAAACGACGAGAAUGGAAAGCAGCGCCUCGUCGGGAACAUAGUUUGGUGAACACACAGCUGUAGUGUUCCUACACACAAUGUCUGUUAUGCAUCCACCAGCGUCUUUGAGUCAAAUGUGAGGCCUGAUUCCCUUUGAUCUCCUGUCAAAUGUUCCACUGUGCUCUGUAGAUACCAGACUGCUUCUCCCCUCACAGGUACGGUAACAGGAUCAAACACUCUCUGCUCCCACUGCUUAUUCCCUCAUGAAUUUAGAAAAAUAUGAAGUCUUGUGAGCUGCUAACAGGAGGAGACUCUGUUUCCUCACAGGGGAACGGGGACAUACACUUUCAGAGGGUUAAAACAUUACACUAUCACUAUUUGUCAGAUGUGAUGCCUCCAGUGGUUCUUUUCAAUUGGCUAAAUUUCCACUUUGUUCCAGUUGUAGCUCUGUCAUGCAACCAGUGGCAUAAACAUGGUUAUUUCUUCCAGCAUAUGUGAUAUAUUAUGGUUUGAAAGUGUAAUAUGUUCCCUCUGUAAACCAAAUCCUCCCUAUAAUUUAAUCCGCUUUAUUCAUGUUUCUUGAAGAUAGUCCAAGAAACAUAAUCCAUCCUGUGUGAGCUGACUUUGAUUCUGUUGUGAGGUUUUGUCACAAGAACACCAACGUAAGUGAAACCAGGAGAAGAAGAUAGCAUUGGCCUUAAGAGGAGAAAAAAAAAGAAAAAAAGAAAUCAUAUCGUUUCCAGAGCUCAGCAGAGACAGUCAUUGAGUGUAUUUAUUACAUGGACGAUGGAGGCUGCGAUGACUAAAGCGAGUGUAGCGUCCUAUCACGAGAUGCAAGGAUUUUAUGUUGUUUUGAUUUUCUAAGUCAAGGUUUCUUCCAUCAAUUGUAAUGAUCUGGAUGCAGGUGUGAGAAUGAAACAUGCCUUUUUGAAUAAAGAGGUUGAAAUAA